AUGCUGAAGGGAAAGAAGGCCAAGGGGAAGAAGGUGGCCCCGGCGCCCGCCGUGGUCAAGAAGCAGGAGGCCAAGAAGGUGGUGAAUCCCCUGUUUGAGAAAAGAUCCAAAAACUUUGGCAUCGGGCAGGACAUCCAACCCAACAGGGACCUUACCCGCUUCGUCAAAUGGCCCCGCUACAUCCAACUACAGCGGCAGAGGGCAAUUCUCUACAAACGACUCCAAGUGCCACCUGCCAUUAACGAGGUCCCCCAGGCCUGGGCCCGCCAGACGGCUCCUCAGCUGCUGAAACUGGCUCACAGGUGCCGACCAGAGACCAAGAAGGAGAAGCAGCAGAGGCUGCUGGCCCAGGCUGAGAAGAAGGCUGCUGGGGUGAAUACAAUCACCACCCUGGUGGAGGACAAGAAGGCCCAGCUGGUGGUGAUCGCACACGACGUGGACCCCAUAGAGCUGGUGGUCUUCCUAAAAGCCUUGUGUCAUAAGAUAUGUGUUGCCUACUGUACCAUCAAGGGCAAGGCCAGGCUGGACCACCUUGUCCACCAGAACACCUGCACCACUGUUGCCUUCAUGCAGGUGAACCCGGAAGAUAUAGGCGCUCAGGCGAAGCUGGUAGAAGGCAUCAGAACCAAUUACAACGACAGAUAUGAUGAGAUCCACCGCCACUGGGGAGGCAACGUCCUGGGGCCCAAGUCAGUGGCCCACAUCACCAAGCUGGAGAAGGCCAAGGCCAAAGAACUCGCCACCAAACUGGGCUGA